UCAUUUAUCUUUUCUCACCACUUUUCAUACUUUUUUUCUUUUUCUUCUUCUUUUUUCCUUCCUCUUUACCCAGCAUUCUAAAACAACGACUCGUGUCAUUCAAGGAACGCAUUCAUUUUCAACCUUUUAUUAAAAAUUUUAAAAACAAGCCUCCCACACAGCCCAUGCCUCUCGCAUCGUCUGUGCGACCUGUGGUCACGCAGGUUGCAAUUCUCGUCAUUGUCAUCACUGUUUUGCUCUUCAGCACUGCUACAGUCUGGCAGCUAAUGCCCAAGCUUCCAGACAACUCCAGGGACGGCCGCCCUCCAGGAUGUAUUUCUCGUGCUCGGUAUAUUACCGUUUUAGACAAUCCUUUGGACCGUAAUCGUGAUAACGUCAACAAUGACGACAAUGAUGGAAUGUUCUCGUUCAUUGAAGAUAAGGCUGACCAAAUUCAUCUCACCAUGAAAGAGCCUAAUACGCCACCGGAAUCACUUCCCUCUGACCGCUACGCUCAAUACAUUUACCAGGAAGAAAUCCAUUUUAGCGACAAUUGUGGUGAUGAUAACGACGACAAGGAUGAUAAAAUCCAAUAUAGCGAACGACCCAAACAAGUUCGAAGGACUAUCAUCUUGGGUGACACGCACGGAAACCUUAAGGAAUUUAACAAGUUUAUGGAAAAGUACAAGUAUGAUGCCGAAAAGGACGUGAUCAUUUUGGCAGGCGAUCUAAUCUCAAAAGGACCGCAGUCGCUUGAACUUCUCGACCGUGCCAUUGAGGUUGGUGCCAAGUGUGUGCGCGGUAAUCACGAUGAUAAGGUUAUCCGGUGGCGUGGAUAUUUAGAUAGCCUCAGUCCAAAAGAACGUGAAGCCCUUGAAGCCGAGGAGGACGUUGUUGACGAUGAUGAUGAUGACAAUGAUCUCAUCCGCCAGCGCCAUCAUAGACACUCGGGUGUGGCGAUCCCAUGGGACCUAGACAAGAACUCGGAGCAUUACCGCCUUGCUCGAGCCAUGACCCGAGCACAGUACAACUACCUACGUUCCUGUCCACUUAUUUUGACAUUGCCGAGGGAGCUCUCUAUUCACAAUCUACCUACCCAUGUGGUCCAUGCUGGCAUCGACCCACGUCGUGAUAUCUUGAGUCAACAACCAUGGGUUCUGAUCAAUGUGCGCAACGUGCUCGAUGACGGGACACCCGCACGUAAGAAGCGUUUUGGUCAAGGCUGGGCUCAUGCGUUCAACCAGAUGUACAGUCGCCGUCAUGGUCAUCGUAGGCCAUCUUCGAGAUUUGAUUUUUUUGUAGUCUAUGGCCAUGAUGCAGGACGAUCACUUAAUGUGAUGGACCGAUCAGUGGGCAUAGACACUGGAUGUAUCUAUGGACGUGAGUUGACCGGCUAUGUACUUGAGACAGGCGAAAUAAUGUCAGUGCGCUGCACAGGAGUCCCAGAGUUUGCUAAAAAAGAUUAAUUUCUGCAAAACAUGGAAAUGAUAAGCAUUUCACAUGCAUGGCGAUCUGACUCAGCCACGCCGCUAGGUUGCACAGCCGCUUGGACCCUCCCCUCCACAUUCCUCUC